AUGUCUGCUGACACGUCGGAAGCACGAAAGCCGAGUGUGUCCGUACACGCAAGGUUCGUUCCGCCAGCGGAUCCGUCUCUUCCUCCGUUGGCUUUGCAAGUCACGCAGCUUGUGGGGUCGUACAUGAUAUGGGUCGGCAGCACGGAAGAGACAGCUGAGAACGUGCAGCUUGCACCGCUUCGCGGGGCCCUUACGAGGGACUGGACCUGUGCAAUGCCUCCAACGAGCGCAUCUGCGGGACCUGGCGCGGCAACCACACUUUACCGGUCCUCGAGCUCGGACGUCUCUUUCUCGAUGGCUCAGCGUCUUGUUGACGUACCUCCGUCGUUCAUGGUACUCGGCGACGGACCUCGAUUGAUCUUGGCGGUGGAGAGGGCUGUGGUGGACGCGCUGAAAUCUCUGGAAGAUACCGGUCAUCUGCCAGCGUCCCAGGUUGUAUGA